AUGACAGGCCAAAGUGAUGGGGAUCAUGGUGAUGAUGGUGAUGAUGGUGAUGAUGGUGAUGAUGGUGAUGAUGGUGAUGAUGGUGAUGAUGGUGAUGAUGGUGAUGAUGGUGAUGAUGGUGAUGAUGGUGAUGAUGGUGAUGAUGGUGAUGAUGGUGAUGAUGGUGAUGAUGAUGGUGAUGAUGGUGAUGAUGAUGGUGAUGGUGAUGAUGGUGAUGAUGAUGGUGAUGAUGGUGAUGAUGGUGAUGAUGGUGAUGAUGGUGAUGAUGAUGGUGAUGGUGAUGAUGGUGAUGAUGGUGAUGAUGGUGAUGAUGGUGAUGAUGGUGAUGAUGGUGAUGUUGCAUAG